AUGAGACCUAACAAGCUUACAGCAUUGUUACUGAUGGCUGCAGCCAUUAGCUUAAGCCAAGGGCAAAACAUAACAGUAAGCCCAGUGGCAACUAUUGGUAAUUUGAGUUCAGUGGAUAAUCUUACUACUACUACUGUGCCUGCAUCAACAAAAUUACAGGAAACCACAGGCAUACCAACUAAUGCCACACCACGAAACAAUGCCACCCCUGGAAUAAAGAAGAGUGACUGUGAUGGCUUUGAAGUGUUUGUGUUGAAUAACCAGCUCAAUAUACCAUACAUUGUCACAUGCUGUAUCACUGUCCUGUGUGGAUUUUACCUGGUUAUUUUUGGUAAGAUAAAUCUUCACACUGAAGUAAAAAAAGCGUCUCUUACUUUCUUUUCCCCUUGUCUGUCAUGCACCUCUCCUUGUAGGAGGCAAUUUACCCCCCCCCCCCAACAUGCCGCAAGCUCUGCUACAAAGGAGUUAAGGUUUAGCUAGUAGUAGUCUCCGGUUUCAUUAAACAGUAUCGUUACAAUCUCAUUGUUUGUUAGGCUGACCAAAGGCAUUAGUCAUGACGCCCAUGAUGACUCUGGGUCUACUUCAGAAAAUAACCAAAGAAAGGUUCAGUAGUUUCAGUGUGGAAUCUCAGGGCUGGGGACUUUUUAACAGGAAAGGGGAACAUUUUUUGUAAGAGUUUCCAUUCAUGCAGCCUGGAUGCGUGUACAGAUUCUCACUAAUACGACAGCUUGAGCUACACCUGUACACUACAUGUGCACUGUUUUGCAAUUAUUUUUUGGAUAAUUUUUUGAACAAGAAGAGGAACAAGUAGAUCAGUACAGUUUCAGAGACCAUUUAGUAUUGUUGUGAGCUUAACACAUUGCAUGUAUUCAAGUUACUCUGCAUUGUCAGUGCAAUCUACUAAUAGUUUUGUAAUCCUGACUGUGUGUUUGCAGGAUACAGAUUUUUCAAGUGCAGUCUCUUCCUGCUGGGCUUCUUAUUUGCAACAUUUGUUACCUACGUCAUCUGCAGUAACCAUGCUGAUCUACCCACCUGGGGCCUGGUGGCAGUCGCUGUUGCUGUAGGAAUAUUCUGUGGCCUGCUAACAACAUUUGUUACAUACUGUGGAUUAUUUCUGGGAGGUUUUGGUCUUGGCUUUUUCAUUGGGGUUGCCAUCUUCUUUAUUAUAGAGACAUUUUAUCAUGUGACCAUUAGAUGGAUACCUUUUGGAGUGCUGCUUGGUUUGAGUCUGAUAUUCGGUCUUUUGACGAUGAGAUGGCAAAAGGGUUUCUUCAUUGUGGCUACAUCUCUCAUAGGGGCGGCCAUGAUCACAGGCAGUGUGGACUACUUUGUGGAAGAGUUUGUGUUGAUAAGCUACACUUGGCAGUUAAUUAUGGCAGAAGAGGGCAAGAUAGGCUGUUGGGUGACAUGGAUUAUUUUGUCAAUAUUGCCAGUCUUGUUUGUUCUUGGAAAUGUGGUGCAGUUUUGCAAAACAGGAAGAAGCGUGUCUCACAGGAAAAGUAAGCUAUUUUCUGUCUAUCUUUCUGUGGUUUAAACUUCAGGGGAAAAUCAUUAGUAUUUAAAUCAUUUGGGCAAAGUUAAACUUGAGUGAGUUAGCCAGCGGUCUUCUCCCACUCUACUAUGUAACCAAUAGGGCGACCCUCGGGGAAUUGCAGGGCUCCUUGUGCGCUCUUUUGCUAGUGUUGCGUUGCAUUGUAGCUUUGCUUGCUGAUCAUAGCGGAUUAAUUUUUGCCUUCUUGCAAAUCAGUGCGGAUUCAGCCCUUUGUGCUUCUCCCAACCCCACAUUCAUCUUUGUUGAUGAUUUUAAUACCACUGUAAUGUCUUUUAAAGAAGUACUUCUAGUUUAGAAGCAUAACUUUGAAGAUCACUGAUCAUUAUUUAUUAAUAUCUAUUAAACAUAACACUUAGGUGCCUGCACAAUUUGUUGACUUGAAUAAUAAUGAUCUCAAAACUAGAUGUCAGGAGUGGCCUGAACAUGAAACAUGCCAUUACAAUUGAUUUGAAAUUUGUACAUUAUUGCAUUUCAGUCCAAAUUAAAUUUAUUAAUUUUAAUUACAAAAAGUAAAGGAAUGGAGCUGUUUUUAUUCAAUAAAACUUCUAAAUGAAAAAAAAAAACUGUAAGUUUCUUUUUUUAAAAAAAAGACUGACUCCACUAAUUUACAUGUAGGUCAAACAGAACAUAGAACUGUUUCUUUCUCUACUGCAUUGUUUUUGGCAAUUCAUUUAUUUGUAUCAUCAAUUAAAUAAAGGGUCAAGUCAGAAACAUUCAACACUUGUUCAUAACUGGGCAUCCAAAGUAAAGUUUACAAGUAUUACCUAUGUGAUGUGCCCUUUAGUUGUCUUGUAUAAAUAUAUCAGUGAAUAAAAUGUUUGAAAUUUUAUCUGAUGUUAAUUGAUUUUUCAAGGUCAGAGAUUCUCAGCUGCAAGGGGAAGAUAAAGCUAUGAGUAGAUAUUGCUGCUUAACAGGAGUCAUAAAUUAUGUAACAUGUAUCUCUUGAUCUUUCAGGGUCAGAUUCUGUGUCUCUGCAAGGGGAAGAUAAAGCAAUGAAGAGAUACCGCAGCUUAAACAUGAAUGGAGAUGUAGUAGCGAAGGUGGGCAUAGUAAAACUACAUGUAGCCUCAGUUGCCAGUUUUUUAGUAAAGCAUAUUAAUAUAAUUAACAAUAUAUUAUUUUAAUCACAGUCUGUACAUGUAUGUGUUUGUGUGGAUUGACUGUCCACACAUGAUGCAGGGUCCUUGUUGUUUUGACUGACAUGUCUGUUGUUAUGUAUUAUUUGUUGCAGUCCUACUAUACCAGAGAUGAUGAAGAAGGACGUCCAACAGAAGUUUAA